AUGAAUGGAGUUAAAAAACGAGAUUAUGAAUCUAUACUUGCUGAAUGUUUAGCUAUAAGACGAUUAUAUACAGAUCCAGAAUUUCCACCCGAUGAACGUUCUCUGUAUAUCAGUAAUGCACCAGUCAGAGAAAACUAUGGACGAGUUAUAUGGAAACGUCCAAGGGAUAUAGUAUCGUAUCCUGUUUUUACCAGUGACAUUUCAAGGCACGAUUUAAACCAAGGUAGAAUAGGUAAUUGUUGGUUUGUAGCUGCAGCAGCAAUCAUCUGUACAUCACAUAGAAACAUACUAGAACGUAUUGUACCGUUAAACCAGUCAUUCGAACGAAACUAUGCAGGCGUGUUCCAUUUUAAUUUCUGGUGGUAUGGAGAAUGGGUAGAAGUUGUAGUGGAUGAUUAUUUACCAACUAAUGGUAGAAAUCUCAUCUUCUGUCAGAAUGUAGGGAACAGAAACGAAUUUUGGAGUGCCUUACUAGAAAAAGCUUAUGCAAAAUUACGGGGUGGUUACAGUGGUCUAGAAGGUGGUAAGAUAGGAGAUGCUCUAGUAGAUCUGACCGGAGGUAUUGGUGAAGUCAUCAGCAUUGAAAAUAAAAACACUAUACCACGUAACCUCUUCCACAUUCUACACAAGUCUAUAGCAAUGAAUUCUAUGGUUGGAGCCAGUAUUCAUAGACCACCUAAUGCAACGUCAUCUGAAGUAAAACAUCCCAAUGGCCUAUACAGUGGUCAUGCAUACAGUAUUACUGGUAUCAAAGAGGUUAUCAAUAGAGGUCACUCGUCCCAUCUACUCAGAUUAAGAAACCCAUGGGGAAGAGGAGAAUGGAUAGGAGCUUGGUCAGAUAGAUCCGUGGAAAUGAGGACAUUAACACCUUCUGUUAGAAAUUCUUUACAAGUUGAUACUGCUGAUGAUGGUGAAUUCUGGAUGUCGUAUGGUGAUGUUAUUGAUAAUUUUGAUGAAAUAGAAAUGUGUCAUCUACAACCAGAUGCUUUGACUGAAGAAAACACAUCAUCUUGGUCUGUCACUAUGUAUCAUGAUGCAUGGAAACCAGGACUUACAGCUGGUGGUUGCGGGAAUUCACCUCAUCAAAAACUGUAUUGGAGAAAUCCCCAGUUUUUUGUGACUCUGAGUGAGAAAGAUGACGAUGAUAAAAAUGGAGAAUGUACAAUGAUUGUCUCUUUAACAGAAAAAGAGAAAAAUAAUAUCGCAAAAAUUGCAAUUGGCUUUGAUAUAUUCCAGUUAAAACCUUUAGAUGGAGAAAAAGCAUCACGAAAUGCUUUAAGAUUAGCAGAAAGAUCAGGGAAAUAUCAAUUUUAUAGAGAAGUUACAAGGCGAUUUGAAUUUCCGCCCGGUGUUUAUGUGAUUAUACCUAGUACAUUUCACAUCAACGAAGAUGCCGAAUUUCUGUUACGUAUUUUCACAGAGAAGGCUGCAGAGAGCGGGUAA